CUCUCUCUCUCUCUCUCUCUCUCUCUCUCUCUCGCGCGUCAAGAACAUGGAGAAUGAGCAGAGUACUCUUCUAAGCUGGGUUUACCAAUGCCAGGGAAAGACGACGGAGGAGCUAAGGCAUUCCCUUCUGUAUACCUCACUCGAGCUCGAGCAGACAAGAAUGGCGGCUCACGAAGAACUCAGGAUGAGAGACGACCAGAUAAUGGAGCUCAAGCGUCUCCUCAACAAAGCCAUCACAGAAAGAGACGAAGCCCUCCAGAGACUCACUCUCGAGAAGAAGCUCCUCCUCCUUCCCCAGCAACAGCAAGGGGUUUCGAGCGUCCACGAGGAAGAACAAGACCGAACCAGACGAGGAAACGACUUGAACGUUAACGGGUUUUCCUCUUCAGACGGGGAGGAGAGCAUCGUCUCGUCGUUCGACCCGCCAAAGCAGAUUCAGCCACCAUUGCUGCCGCCACCAUCGCCAGAGAUGGCGAAAAUUGAGCUGGCCUUUGCUGCAGAGAAGCCAUUACCUGAAAAGGGGAAGCUUUUACAAGCGGUGAUGAAGGCAGGGCCAUUGCUUCAGACUCUUCUGCUGGUGGGACCGCUCCCGCAGUGGCAGCAUCCUCCACCUCAGCUCGAGUCCAUUGAAAUCCCACCUGUAAUCAUUCCUCCAUCACCACAGUCAGAGCUUCUGCAACAUCAUGAUUCACUGAUCAUCAACAGCUGCGGGAAUCUCAACAGGAAAAGGGUCCUCUGCAACGACUCUAAUUACCAGAGAGAGACCAAGUAUCAAAGACUUGUCUUCCCCUGACUCUUUUAACACCAAUCCUACCAACCAACCAAGCUGUCGCAUUGCCACAAGUAUCUGAUUCUUUGGAACAACAAGUGAACCUGAGAUUGAUCCUAGAAGUUUGUACAUAAACAACAUUUCACUGUUCUUCCCCUGCUCUCAUACUUUGGCUCCCUUAUGUGAAAACAGGGCAUGUCCUGCUCUUUCAAGUGUCAUUAGAUUGCCAAUGCUGUUUCUUUCUUCUCCCUUCUCAGUAUCUCUGUGCGUGUGAGUGAGAGAGAGAGAGAGAGAGAGAUCUGUUCAUGAAAUGAUGUAAAGUAGAUAAAACCACAGUGGCUGAGAUUGGAAUGGACACCAACCAAGAAGGAAGGAGGGGAAAAAACGCUUUGUAUGAGACAGAGUAGAGGAGAAGUGGGAUCCACAAAUCUAGACCAGGAUCUUCUCCAUAUAACUAACUUUGUCAGCAACUGUAACAGUGAGUUUCUGCCGGAGACAUAAAGUCUUUAGUUUCAUACUA